CGAAAACGUUCGAGGAGCGCCAGAAGGCGAAGGCGAGGGCGAGGCUCAUCUCUGAAAGCAGAUCUAUCGUCUACCGGAUUUGCCGGCCAGGAAAUAAUGCCGGUGCCGACCUGCAACCUGCAGAUUUACCGCCCGACGCCGGCGACGGUGCUGUACACGGUCUCGACGCGGGCGCCCCUGACGACGGUUCCGGCGCGCCUGCUGCACUAUUCGACCCUGGCGGCACGCAUCGUCGUCGCGUCACUCGUCGUCCUGGCCUCCUGGUUGAAGUGGAUCUCCGUCUACCCGGGCUUCCAAUGGCCCGGCCUGGAAAACGAGCUGCGCGACUCCAGGCUCGGCCGGUCGUGCUUGAAUCUCGUCGGCCGGGUGCCGACCGUGUAUCUGGUGCCCGCCUCUCUUGCCGUGCUGUGGCUCUGUGCGUGGAAAGGAUAUAGAGAGGAAUCGCUUCUCGUGCUGAGGGGAUUGGGAAUCCAAACGACCAGCUCGUCAGCAACGUUCCUGUCCACGAGCUCGACUCGGUUUAUCCCCACGACUUCGAUCCAAGACAUUUUCAUUCACGAAGCCUUCAAAGGCUUGGAGGUGCGCUUCUAUCUCGCAAUCGUAGUGGAAGGAGAACAAGACGUGGUUGUGGUCUUCCCAAACCUACUGCCGUCACUCAACAUCAUCGAAAAAGUCUGGCGCGGCGCACGCUCGUGUCUUUACGAGCCCAAAACAUAGAGACGCGCAUUCACAUCGCAGUACUUAAUCACGGCCGUCAUCAGCGACACUAGACGCAAAUCUUGGCGGCCUGCCCUUUCGCGCCGCCCAUUUGGCAUUGAUGACCUCGACAGGCUCCAUCAAUGGUCUCUGCAUGACCGGUACGUAUUUUCCUCGCGGCAGCGCACUGUCGUGACCUUCAAACACUCUCUGGUUUUCUUUGCCAGAACGGUCAGGUGCUGGCACGGGACCGCGGCUGUCGACACCGUCGUUCCGUCCCUGAGUAGAGACCAUAUCCAACAGCUGUGCAGCCAACACCUCGUCCAUCUUUGCCUUCCGCCAACCUUUCCAAAGGUCCGUCAUCAAGCCCAAAGGUCCCCACUUAACUUGAUUACUCGUGCCCGGACCAGAAUCGGCGGCAUACACCCACUCGAGCUCAUCUUCACCGACGCCCCGGUCCACGUAGCCUUUCGACUGCUGUCUGUCUUCCUCAUUGAAACGGCCUUUGUCCGGGUCUGCGCUAAACAUGCAGUCCCACAGCACGAGAGGUUGGUCUGAAGCCAUCUCGUAGUGCGGCUUGCACGGGUUUUUCUUCACGUCGAGCAGCUCCUUGACCACGGAGGGUUUUUCUAGACCUUGGCCUACAAGGAACAGGAUGGCCACCAUGCAACGUACCUGAUGCCACAGAAACGCGGAUCCUUGCACGUCGAACGAAAACAAUCGCAUACCUUUGGAUGCCGGCACCCUCUUUCCCUCCUCGCUGAACGCGGUAUCCGUGAGGUGGGCCAUCUUCACAAAGUCCAGACCACCAACCUCUCCCACUUCCACAAUCCUCGCAUCCGUGAUCCGUCUCGUGAAGCUCGUCAGCUGCUUCGAAGGGUCGACCUUGCAAAGAUUUCUGAAGUCGUGCGUUCCGACGAGGUAGCUCGCCGCCUCUCUCAUGGCGUCGAUGUCAAGCCAGCCCUCGCGGCCACUCGUCCUGGGCGAGAUGCCGGCGGCACCAGGCAAUGGAAGGAAGGCAGGCGAGGUGAAAAAAUAACGGUACUUGCGCUCUUUGCACGAGAAGCGGGCAUCGAAGUUUGGCGGUGUGUUAGGGCACCAGGCAAGAACGCGAAUGUCGGGCGGGAGGACGCGAUUGAGGAGGACGAGGUAGGGAAGCUCGUCCUUGACAGGAUCAAAGCGCGGCGGCUUAUCAUCUUCCACUUCACCCUCCCUUUCUUCAACUCCUUCCAUGUUAUGAUAGCUGUGGCCGGAAUCCUCCUGGGCACUUCCGGGUAGAGUAGUCAUCGCACCAAGUGCGUCAGUUGAGUCUUUGCCUUC